AUGGACUUCACGGCCCUCCUGGAGGGCGAGGACAAGGAGACGCUGGCAAAGCUGAAGGAAGAGGCCGGCGGCGAAGCGUCGACGGAGUCUUCGCCGUCGGAGUGCGAUGCCAAAACGGCCGCGAGGAGCACGAUGAGUCGAAUCUCGACAGAGGCCUCUUUUGGUCCGCCUUCCUCAGACACGGAGGGCGAGGCGAAGGCCGAAAGCGUGGCCAGCACUUUUAACUACGAGGCGUUGAACUUGGACGUUCCCGUCGUCAUCGUCUCUUCGGAGCUCCACCCAUGGUCCAAGAGCGGCGGCCUCGCAAUCGUGGCAGCGCAGUAUGCCUACAACUUCGCCGUGAGGGGCCACCGAACGAUGGCUAUCGCGCCAAUGUACGACACCUACGAGGCCAUGCCGGUUGGCUGA